AUGGGCACUGCCUCUGGGCCUGCCAAGCUACAAGCGGUCACAGAUCUGGUCAACAAACUCAGCGAUGAUCUCGAAAAUAUCUCGCUGCUGCCAAAGGAUCGCAACGAUGCCCUCGAGGAGCUUAAGAUAUAUGGAAGAGAUGCCAAUUAUGCCGAUCCUAUAUUCACCAAAGGUGGAAUCACGAUGCUUCUACGGUACUCCUUUUACGACGCGCCAAGUGAGACGUCGAGGGCUGCCUUGCGAGUCCUGGCCAAUGCUAUGCUUCUGAAGCCAGACACACGUCAAAUGUUUGUCGACCAAGGGUAUGCAGCGCAAGCUUGCCAUCAACUUAAGGUGGACAACUGGGACAACGAGUUCCUCCUCUCCAGGAUUCUUUUUCUCUCCACAUACGGCACCACUAUUGAUUUGACGGACUUGAUCGAAAACCAUCAGCUGGCUGAACAUAUUGUCAAUAACUUGGAACGCCACGUGACGGUCCUAUCACAUCAGCAGGAACAGAAACUAGACCCCAUGGAAAGCAUGGCUCUAGGAGAGACUUUGAAGUUGAUGUUCAACGCGACGCACUUCUGUAAAGCAAAAGUGGGCAUGUUCACCCCAGCCAUAUCCCAUGUUAUCGCUCUGCUCUGGAAGCAGGAUAUAUCCGAUGCCGCGCCUCUGGAGCCCCCCUUCGGUCCCUUGGUGAACUCACUCCUGAAUGUGGAUCUCCAUGCUGACCAGCACCAAACGGUACUAUUUGCAACCGAAAAUCCAAACAAGGUGACGUCAAGACUCGUGCACCUGCUCGAUAAAGGAAUUAGGGCCUAUAGUGGCAACGACCUUGAAACUGUUGUGACUCCUGUCGUGAGCCUCCUUUCCAAAUUCUAUGAAAUUGCGCCCCAGCCCGUCCGCCAAUCAAUGCAGGAAUGGUUGCUGCCGACUGCCCAGGAUCGUCAAGGCGUGCUAGGUCGUGGAGAUUCUUUGCCAUCGAAGGUGCUCCAUAACUCCACGAACGUCACUGCUCCAGCUUUGCGAGACGCCAUUUCUCACCUCCUUUUCGACCUUUCAGACAAGGACGCAUCGAAGUUUGUCCAAAAUGUUGGCUACGGUUUUGCAUCGGGUUUUUUGCUUCGAAACAACGUCCCGGUACCCGCAUCGCUAUCAGCAACUUUCGACGCGUGUGACACCAAUGGAGCGCAGAAACCUGUGAAUCCCAUUACUGGUCAAUUUCUGGACAAGGAGAAGUUUGCUGAGACGCCAGAAAUGACAGAGGAGGAGAAGGAGCGGGAGGCUGAGCGACUUUUUGUUCUUUUUGAACGGCUUAAAAAGACUGGCGUUAUCAACGUACAGAAUCCCGUUGAGAAAGCACUCCACGAAGGGAGAUUCGAAGAGCUGCCUGACGAUUUCGUCGAGGAGCUGGAUUGA